CCUCUCUUGAAGCAGGUGAUGCAUUUGGAAUGGUGAAGAUCAGUCAAUCCGCUUGGAAUGGUAUGCUGUUUUUGAUCUGACGCCCUGCCAAAAGGAAUCAGGGGGUCAAUCAGCAAUUCGAAUGCCAUCAGAUUCAAUGCUGGAGACAGAAAUAGAAGAAGAUAAUUUCAGCAGGGUACUUCCUGGCCGGAAUUCCAGGCAGCAAGGAUGAAGAGUCCCCACAGCGAGUCCAGAAGCGAGAUGCUUCUCAAAGAGGGGCUCAGUCGACCACUGUGGCUGGGGGAUGCAACUCUUGAGGAGCAGAUUGUAGGCACAUUGUGGGGCAGAUUGGCCAAGGGCUUGCAGAAAGAUCACACUGGGAAGGUUCAGGCAUCCAGCGCAGCUGCGGUGGUGCAAGAAUGGUUACUGAGGGGGGGCAAUGCCAGGGCUCUCACUUAUGCCGUCUGGUGUGAGAUUGUCCUGCGCACGAUCAAGGCAAGCACCGAUGGCCAGGCUCCAGCCCACUCACACGAAUCAAGCGACGAGGAUGACGACAUGAGCGAUGAUGACGCCAGCGAGGCGUUCCACACGUGCCGUCCAUCAGUGACCAGUGACGUUGGCGUCAGCUCUCAGAGCGCAAGGGGCGCAGCGUUGAAGUGGUCGGUUGCGAACGGGACUGCCUUGGAGAGUGGAGAGUUGGACGCUUUUGCGGUGGAGAGCUUGCGAUGGUUGCACGGGGCUUGGGCCGAGUACCCCCUGGAGAAGCCCGACCAGGAGGCCGACCGUCUCCGCCUUUUCGCCGUCGUCAAAUGCCUGGGGCAAGAGGCGCUCGACGCUGAGCCACGUGGCGCCCUCCGGACGGUACUGGAGAUGUGCCCGUUGCCGGCGUUGGUGAAGCUCGCCUUUGCGGACGUCCGAGAACGAUUCAUGGGGCGGAUCACCGGACGAGAAGGGCAAGCUAACGGGGACCUCGACGUCUUUGUGGAGGCUCAGGCGAAGAUUGGCGUGGUGUCGGUUCUGCAACUCGACCGGUACGCGGACGUCCGCGCGGGGCGGCUCGAGCAAAAGAAGAAGAGCGCUCAGAACGUCGUCCCUCUGGCCGCCGCCGCGGAGCAGUCGCUGCGGCGGGUGGACACCUUCCCGUUCCGGGCGCCAGACCCGCUAGAGGUUGCGCAGCUGCAGGCUCGAGUGGCGGGGGCAAAGGAGCGGGGCCAGCUCUACAUUCUCUUGAGCAAUCGCCUGAGUCAGGGCCACGCGCGCGCGAGCGCGGGCCUGGAGGACGGCCUGCUGGUGAUGGAGUGGGUUCUCGACUUUAUGGAGCAAAUGCUCCCGGUGUGCCAGCCGGAGGCCGCGGUCGCGCGCUCCAUCUGCUACUCAGUGCACGGCGUGAAGCUGGCAAUUGACACCACGGAAUGUCGGGAGGGGGCGGAGCACCUCAUCGCCACACUGGACAAGAUCGAACGCCUCCUAGCAGACAGCGCCGUUGCUCCGGAGCGGAACGAGCUCGCGUUGGACGGGCGGCCGCUGAGCGAGUUCGAGAAGCUAAACGCCAAGUACAUGAGCAACACGCUGACCCGCAUCGACUCGCUCCCGAGCUUCCUCGUGAAGAAACUGCGGCUCAGCGACAACGGAAACCCGGCCCAGGCGCCGGCGGCCGAGGCCACGGAUCGCAGUAGUAGUGACGACGAAUACAUGCCGGAGGUGCUAAACCCCCAAACCCCGGGGGACGACGCGAGGCCGAUUCACCCCAGCGCGCCCGCGGCCGCGCGCGCCUCGUGUGACGGGAGCGUGACGGAGGGCGACAGCGACAGCGAGACGGAGCGGCCGCGGAGCCUCGACGCCGCGUACCAAGGGAUCGUCGCGCGGAACCGGGACGGAAACGGAUUCCGGGCCGGAAAUGGUUCCGGUAACGGCGUGGUUCUGGUGUCGGAGGAGUCCCUGGAAGUGGCGAACACUCAAAGCGACGAGCCGAGCUCGCCGCCGGCGUGGCUGUUGCGGAAGCAGCGGAGCUUGGGGCUCGUUCCGCCGGAACGGACGGAAUCCGGCCUCGAGCGGGCGUGGAAGAGCACGGUGCAAAUUGAUGCGGGAAGCUGGGAGGCGCGGCCGUUGGUCGGGUUGCAAGUCAAGAUACGCCGGAAUAAGUCGCUCCUCGAGCGAGAGUACCUUCCGAAGGCGUCUUCGCCUUCCGGCCGCGCGUUGCGGAGCCGCGGCAUCGCGAAGCGGCCCCUGCGGUCGCCGAAGAAGAUCAGCUAUCUGACUGCGGCUGCGCUGAGAGGGGUCAUAAAAAGCACGGAGGGAGCCCCCCUGGAAGAGUUCGAGGGGGUGGAUUUUGACACGGACGAGAAGGCCGAAGGAGGAGUGUUUCGGAAGGAGAAGACCGUGGCUCAGGCGUUUGACCUCGAGACGGAACGCCGGGCCGCCAAGAUCGCCGACGAGAUGGAGGAGGACCCCGUCACGCCGUCCUUCUUUGCGGCACGCCGGAAAGGCGCGGCCGUCGCGGCCCGCCUGCCGCGCUCGGGCGUCCGGCGGGACUGGAUGGCGCUCAAGCUGGUGAGGGAGCGCGCCGCGGCCGCGGCUUUCGCGCGGCGCCAGCUGGCAAAGAGCCAGCGGGAAAAGGAGCGGAGAAAGGCCGCCGCUGAGGGAUUUGUCCGUGAGACUAGCGAUGUCAGCGGAAGCUUUCCGGACGGGGACGAGCAACGAAGCAACUCAAGCAUGAGCCAGUACAUGGGCGACAUUCAGCCCGGGGAAUGGGAACCGACCGCUGGGGGCUCGUGGCCUCGGCCCUCGUCUUCUUCGACAGACUCGAAGAUUCGUCCGAAGCGCGUGACGUUUGCUGAGAACUGCCAGGACAGGAUCGAGGACACCGGAAGGGAGACCGAUGCACAGCCAAACGACGUGGGAGUAGUGGACACUUUGUGUUGAGUUCUUUCAGAUAGAGCGUGUUGCGCUUCGGCUCUUUAUAAAGACCGGCGCGUGUUCAAAGUCAAAAUGCUUAAGGU